CCCACCUGCAGCACCUUGGGGAGGGGCGGGGCCGGCUCUGUGAGGCGGGGCGGACUGAGUGCCCUCCCACCCCCUGACUCCAACCCGGAACCAGCCCGGACGCCUUUGGGAAGGCCGCGGCGCUUGGCCAGGAGUGGGAAUCCGGACCGUGAGUGCUGUCCGUUGGGGUCAGGUUGCGGACAGAGGGCCGUCCUUGUCUCCUGGGGUCGCAGACCAGGUGCGCCAUCGGUGGCACAUUUUCUGGCCUGUGGGCUGUGCCGGGGGCCCGGCUGGACCAUGGCGCCCCCGCGGAAUGUGGUGAAGAUCGCCGUCCAGAUGCGUGAUGCCAUCCCGCAGCUCAUCCAGCUGGACCAGGCAAAGCCCCUGAGCACUGUGCUGAAGGAGGUGUGCGACGCGUGGAGCCUGACUCACUCUGAGCGCUAUGCCCUGCAGUUUGCCGAUGGGCACAGGAAGUACAUCACCGAGACUAACCGUACGGAGAUCAAGAACGGCAGCAUCCUGUGUCUCAGCACUGCCCCAGACCUUGAGGCGGAGCGGCUACUGGGGGCACUGCAGGGUGGGAGCCGUGAGGGGCGCCGUGAUGCACUGAGGCACCUCGUCUUGCUAGCCUCUGACUUGACCUUUGCCCGUGAGGUCAUCAAUCAGGACGGUCUUCAGAGACUCGGCACCAUCAUUGAGGAUGGGGACGACCUCGGGGAGGUGCUGGCCCUUGGACUGAGGGCAUUCUUGGAGCUCAUGGAGCAUGGCGUGGUGUCCUGGGAGACACUCAGCAUCCCCUUUGUCAGGAAGGUGGUAAGCUAUGUGAACAUGAACCUGAUGGAUGCCUCGGUGCAGCCCCUGGCCCUUAGGCUGCUGGAGAGUGUGACUUUGAGCAGCCCUGCCCUGGGCCAGCUGGUCAAGAGUGAGGUGCCACUGGAUCGGCUGCUGGUGCACCUGCAGGUGAUGAACCAGCAGCUGCAAACCAAGGCCAUGGCAUUGCUGACAGCCUUGCUGCAGGGGGCCAACCCUUCAGAACGGAAGCAUAUGCUGGACUACCUGUGGCAGAGGAACUUCCGCCAGUUCGUCUACAAGAACAUCAUUCACAGUGCAGCCCCACUAGGAGACGAGAUGGCUCAUCACCUGUACGUACUUCAGGCCCUCACACUGGGGCUGCUGGAGGCGCGCAUGCGCACGCCGCUUGACCCCUACAGCCAGGAGCAGCGGGAGCAGCUGCAGGCCCUGCGCCAGGCUGCCUUUGAGCCGGAGGGGGAGUCCCUGAGUGCCGAUCGUCGCCGUUCCCUUUGUGCCCGAGAGUUCCGCAAGUUGGGCUUCACUAAUAGCAACCCAGCCCAGGAUUUGGAGCGCGUGCCCCCAGGUCUGUUGGCCUUGGACAACAUGCUCUACUUCUCCAGACAGGCACCCAAUGCAUACAGCCGGUUUGUGUUGGAGAACAGCAGCCGUGAGGAUAGACAUGAGUGUCCCUUCGCCCGGAGCAGCAUCCAGCUGACAGUGCUGCUGUGCGAGCUGCUGCAUGUCGGGGAGCCCUGCUCCGAGACGGCCCAGGACUUCUGGCCCAUGUUCUUCAGCCAGGACCACAGCUUCCAUGAGCUCUAUUGCGUGGCCAUCCAACUGCUGAACAAGACCUGGAAGGAGAUGCGGGCUACACAGGAGGACUUUGACAAGGUCAUGCAGGUGGUGCGGGAGCAGCUGGCCCGAACACUGGCCCUGAAACCGACCUCCCUGGAGCUCUUCCGAACGAAGGUGAACGCACUCACCUAUGGGGAGGUGCUGCGGCUGCGGCAGACUGAACGGCUGCAUCAGGAGGGCACUCUGGCCCCUCCCAUACUGGAGCUGAGGGAGAAGCUGAAGCCGGAGCUCAUGGACCUGAUUCGCCAGCAGCGUUUGCUCCGCCUCUGUGAGGGGACACUUUUUCGCAAGAUCAGCAAUCGGCGGCGCCAGGACAAGCUGUGGUUCUGCUGCCUCUCCCUUAACCACAAGGUGCUGCAGUACGGGGACGUGGAGGAGGGCACAGCGCCACCCCCUACAGAGAGCCUGUCUGAGCAACUCCCUGUGGCUGACAUCAGGGGACUCCUGACAGGCAGGGACUGUCCCCACAUCCGGGAGAAAGGCUCUGGGAAGCAAAACAAGGACCUCUAUGAGUUGGCUUUCUCCAUCAGCUAUGACCGUGGGGAGGAGGAGGUGUACCUCAACUUCAUUGCACCCUCUAAACGGGAGUUCCACCUGUGGAUAGAUGGGCUGAGUGCCCUUCUGGGCAGCCCCAUGGGCAGUGAGCAGACACGACUGGACCUGGAGCAGCUGCUGACCAUGGAGACCAAGCUACGCUUGUUGGAACUCGAGAACGUGCCCAUCCCAGAGCAGCCACCCCCUAUACCCCCACCGCCCACCAACUUCAACUUCUGUUAUGACUGCAGCAUUGCUGAACCUUGACACUGAGGUUGGCCAAGGGCUACAGUUGCCACCACCGUGGUAGGCAUGAAAGGUGGAGGGGAGAGAAAUAUAAGCACUGACCAGCAGAACCUACAGCAGAAAUAAAGUUGGCUUGGCUCUUAGGUAUGCAUGGAGCCAGCUCUGAACCUUG